GCAGGGAGGGAGCGCGUGUGACGAGUGAGAGAGCGUGCGCUGCUGCACUGUCUCUUUAAACCGAGCGCUCCAGAGUCUGGGCGCGUGUUCAGUCCCUCGCCUCGCGCUCCCUCCACUCCACUCCACUCCAGAGGUGCCUUCUGAGGUGGCGGCUGAUUCCCGCUCCGGCGGCUCACUCCAGCAGAGACUCCUCUGGGGAGCGGCGGCUUCGCCUCUCGCUCCCUUCCCCCCACCCCGUGCACGCUUCAUCAACAGGCGUCAUGGACCACGGUCCCAAAGAGGGGGACUCUGCUGCCGGGGCAGCCGCUGGGGACGCUGCUCGAGGGGCUGCCGCCGCCUCCUCCGGCGGGGUGGUGGUGCAAGUGAGGGAGAAGAAGGGACCUCUGCGCGCCGCCAUCCCCUACAUGCCGUUCCCCGUGGCCGUCAUCUGCUUGUUCCUCAACACCUUCGUGCCAGGGCUAGGAACCUUCGUGUCUGCCUUCACAGUGCUGUGUGGAGCCCGGACUGAUCUCCCAGAUAGGCAUAUUUGCUGUGUAUUCUGGUUGAACAUUGCAGCAGCUCUGAUUCAGAUCCUCACCGCAAUUGUGAUGGUUGGCUGGAUCAUGAGUAUAUUUUGGGGGAUGGACAUGGUCAUUCUUGCCAGUUUCUUUUGCCUCUUCUAAAUGAUCAACAAAGUUUCACAAGCGGAGCGGAGGUGCAGAGCAGCAGAGAGUGACCUUCACUGAUCACUCUUACAACAUCUUCACCAUGGAGACACCCUGCCACGCAAAUUUUUGAACUGGUACAACCACCACACUGCAGUGACAGGCAAGCUGUUUGGGAGGCAGCUGUUGAUUAGGCUGAGAUCAUGAAGAGAGAUGGCAGCCGGACAGACAUCAAUGCAAGGGCACCGGCUAGCUAGAGAUGUUACAAUUUUCUCCAUUCACAGGGUGGGGAACACCUGGAAACACUUCACGUCCUUCGUGGUUUGCGGAGGAGACAGCCCUGCGAUGCCUGUCAAAGCAGCAGAGGAAAUAUUUAUAGAUACAUGUACAGUGUGUAAAAUGGGACAACCUGUUUCCCAAGAGACACUUCUUGACUAUUUCUUGGGUGCAGAAAUAGGUUCAAAUUGAAGCCUUUGCUCUGUGUGUGUGUGUGUGUGUGUGUGUGUGUGUGUGUGUGUGUGUGUGUGUGGUUUUUAAUGGUGCUCGUUGAAGAUCUGUUUCUGCAGCCGUCCCAAGUUUUUUGCUUGCUGCUUUUGUAAAUCCGAUGUCCUUGUUAAGGCAAUUUGAGCUCAGCUGUUUAUGCAUCUUGCCAGCUGACUGCUGAAGAGAAGUUUUGAUCUGUGCCUGCCAGGAAGCAAGAAACCAGCUCGUGCCAAGAGCCAUCAUUCCAUGGUUUUGUAUCAGUCCUUUGUUCUUGGGUGGGAUUGGGAGGGGCAGGCUCAAUGUGAUUAUAAUUUGGGGUCAAUCUUGUAUUUUAUUGGGGUGUGAGGGAAAAGAGAGAGACUUUCAUCAGCUCCCAGAAGAGACUUUGUCAAUAAAUAUUACUGUACUUUAAAAAUGUAUAUACCAUAGAUUGUACUGUGUGAAGUUAAGCUUUGGUCUCUGUUUCCUAGCAUAUGUACAGUAAGCACUUGUUGGGUGCACAGAGUGAGCCUUGCAACUACAGCCCUAUUCAGAUAUUAUGUUGUUCCUGCAUUGAGAUAUCUGUACACUCAUGCAUGUUUUUGUGCAAAUGACUGCCCACAUUCAUUUUAAAAGUGUACCUGGGUGCAGCCCCCCUCGAAUGCAGGCUACAGAUAAGAAGUGGACUGCUGCAUCUGUGUUCACUAUAACAUGAAUAUUUGUACCCAUACACUGUAACAGACUGUACAAGUGUUGGUCAUAAUGUGUGAAUGGGGCUUAUGUUAAGGGUUACGUGAGGACACAGAAAUCAAGCCUUCGGAGCAUUCAAUUAACUGCCCCUCUAGGACAGAGAUAUCCACUGCUUUUGCUUCUGGUGAGAAAAAGAAGUUCAACUUUCUCACCUAAACUUCACAAACCAUUUCAUAUAAGACACUUGGCUUGAUUUUCACCCCACCUCCCAUAGUUUCCUGGACAUCUUUAGCUCUCACUGAUUUUUGCCGAGGACUGUACUUGAUCAUCAUCUUUAAUAUUUUGACUCAUGGAUUCUCUGACUAGGGUGUAAUAGAUAGCAUGCUGGAUUUGAGCUGAGGAGACUUGGUUUCAAAUCCCACCCACCCCCCACAAAGCUCUCUGGGUGGCCUUGGGCCAGUGGCACUCUCAACCUGGCCUACCUCACAGCGUUGCUGUGAGGAUAAGAUCACUUGCGCUCCUUUGGGGUAGGAUGAGAUGAAAAAACGUAAUUAAUAGUAAUAACUGGGUCCAUGUGUUCAGUUUCCCAUAAUGAAAAUGAUCAAAUGAGGCUGUCGACUUAAUGUAGCAUAAACUGACAUUCUUUUCUCUCCAUGGAGAAAGAACUACUUUCUUUUCAGCAACUAAAAUCAAAAACUAAUUACCUUCAGCAAAGAUGCUGCUGUGAUUCUCCAUGUUACAUUAAGUAUGUGUGUGCUUAUGGGGUUUCUUAUUCCCUAAAUAACAGUUUAAGGAGCCUGAUUCAGGUCUUGGUGUGUUUUCAGGGUGGGGGGCAGGCUUUAGCUGUGUCUCUGCACUUCUGUUUGCCUCAGGAAGGAUUGAUAGCAACAUGAAUUUAUAACAGUAAUUCUUUAAAAACCACUAGAUGGGUGUUUUCCAAAGCAGCAAAAGACACUAGUCCAACAUGGAGCUGAAUGUUUGGGAAUAUUAAAGAUACAUUAAAAAUUUUUAGAUAUACAUUAUCUGUGUUGAAAAAGGGUUGCCAAUGUUCAAGAAUUAAAAGUUUAAACUGUGGUGUCUCAGCCAUUUUUCAAUGGAUUAGCACCAAAUUUGGAGAGGUGGUUACUCUUGGAUCCUAGUAGAUGUGUGCAAACUUUCAGGGGGAUUAGAUGGAUACUGUAGAUUUUAUGAAUAAUCAUAUGUUCAGUGCUCAUAAUGACAGAAUGUUGAAACAACUCCUCAGCUUAACUCCUGGCACUACCAUACCAGGAUAAUGUAUAUGAAAUCAUCUUAUACUGUGCCAAAUCACUGGUCUAUUUAGCUCAUAAGUGUCCACACUGACCUUCAGCAUACAAAGCAUGUGUGUUCAUACUGCAUUCAGAGCUGCAGCCCAUCUCCAAUUUGAAUAAACACAUGUAAGGAACUAAAUAGUGGCAUUAGAACCAAUGUUCCCCCUAAGGCAUGUGCAUGUGUGUGCCACACAAGGUGGUUUUUUUUUUUAACGUCCACUCAGUUAAUUUAAGAUCCUGCUCAGGUUGAAUCAAGUAGGCCUCAUUCUGAAUGCAUGUGCACACACGCUGCUCCCUCUCUCAAUGUUUUUAAAAACAACAAUUAAAAACACAUCUUUUUAAAGAGGCUUUGAAAUGUUUUAUCUGCUGCUUAUAUCUUGGUAGGUGUUUUUUUUUUUUUUAGUUUUUUAGCUCUGUUUUUAGCUUUUUAUUAACUUUUAAUUUGAAACUUCUUAAAAUUUGUAAUUUUAAAUGUGGUUUUAGUCUUUUAACUUGUUUAAUUUUAUGAAUCUUUUACUUUACUUUGCAUUGGUUUUGUAUCUGUUUUGUUGAUGUUGUGAGCCAUCCCGAGCAGUAGUGAACUGGGGGAGGGGGCGGGGUAUAAAUAUUUUAAAUAAAUAAAUACUGCCACCCAAAACAAAACACAUUCUGUGUACAGAUGGGGGGGGGGAAUCAGAGGGAGCACUGGUUAUGACAGUGGUCCAUUACCCUACUCUGAGCAUCCAUCCAAGGCACAUCUAGGUAGUCCAGGCCUCGGUAUGCCACCAGCAGAGAAAAUGUACAAAGCAGAACAGCCUGAGCGUCACCUCAUUGGAAAACCUAUGGGCCAAAGUUCAUGUUGGGUGAACUGUAUUUGGCCCUUUGUAUUUUAUUUUUUUUUAACAAAAACCUAGACCUCAGCAUGAAAAACCUAGACCUCAACAUGAAAAUGUCUCCUUGAAGCUGCUACUGCAUAUAAAUAUACUUGUACAUAUGUAUACAUUAUAUAUGUUUAUACACUAUUUGUAUACAAAUUCUAUAUACAAUUUGUAUAUUAGCAGUGGUAGUGUUUGUCUGGGGAAGGAAGCUGCUCUUGGCACCAAUGGUCAUUUCCCACCCAAGGCAAAUAGCUGGGACACUUUUUGUUGAGACUGCAGCAUGAGAGGGAAGAGGGAAGCACCUAAAAGUGCUUAAUAUUGGCUGGAUUGUGUCCUGUUAAAAGUCACAACUUCAAUACAUCCUUGUCUAUUCUUUUUAUAUCCGAACUGGAGAGAAUAGAUCUGUCCUCUUACAUCGUAGGGGAAUGUGGAGUUGAAAAAGAAAUUCCCCACAAGAUAGCAAUGGAGUGAGUUUAUGUGAUUGACAGUUAACAAAUCUGAUUGACCGAUGACACCGUUCUGGGAACCAAUAAAGAAAAAAGCUAGCUGUACAUUAAAAUGUUAUUACAUUAAAAUUCAGAGGCAAAGGCAUCCUUUCAUAGUCUUCCCAUUUUGUGAAUGCGAGGAGGGAGAGCUUUGCAAGUGUUGCUGCAGUGGUCAUAUUCUGUCACUUCCUUUCAUGCCAAGUUCACAAGACCCUCCGGUUCAGUGACAUUUCAAGUAAUUACGCAAGGGGAUUUCUUGCCAGAAGAAUAGAAUUUGAAAUGUAAACUUGGUUGAUCGUAUGUUCCACAAGGAAAAGUUUGCCAGAUGGUUUCAUUAGACACUGGAACAUUAAGGACUUGGUUAAUGUUUUCUGUUAAAAUGUUUCUUCUUUCAGAGGAACACUUUAGUGGGGGUGAGGAUGGAGGGAAAUCCGAAUUCCUUGCAGCAGCGAUAUAGGAAGAUGCUGAAAGGCAUCCUCUCAAACUGCGUGGGAGAAGGCAAUGAUAAACCCCUCUUGUAGUCUGCCAAAGACAACCACAGGGCUUUGUGGUCGCCAGGAGUCAACACCGACUUGAUGGCACACUUUACCUUUUACUUUAAGUUUCACAGGCAAAUUUAUGACAUUCAGUGGGUUGUUCUUGUUUGUUUGUUUGUUUAAUACAUUUUAUAUCCCGCUUUUCCUCCAAGGAGCCCAGAGCGGUGUACUACAUACUUUGGUUUCUCCUCACAACAACCCUGUGAAGUAGGUUAGGCUACUGCCUGUUUCUAUUGGUCACCUCCUUUUCAGUGCAAGUGCUUAAGUUGAAACAAAACAAAACAUUGCAAUCCAUUUUGUCUGGCGUAUGUUGGAUAUAUGAAUUGCUGUCUGGUUUUGAAAGGAAAUGAGUUGUGUGUAUAUGUCAUUUUCCAUACACAGUUGUAGUGCAUUUAACAAGAGGUUAGGUGGCAGAACUAACCUACCUUAGGUUCUUAUCUGGUGGGCCACUGUGUGAGACAGGAUGCUGGACUGGAUGGGCUCAGGGCCUGAUCCAGCAGGGCUGUUCUUAUGAACAGAAUAGUAAGGAAGCAGGAGGAAGAGGAAGAAGGGCAGAGGGUUAUUAUAGAUGAGAGCAAGCAAAAAAAAAGUUGGUGGGGGUGGGUGGAAAGAAGGAAUACAUUACUUAGAAUCACUAAGGGUUGAAUAUGCUCAACCCUCAGUGAACCCUGAGAAAUAGCCUUUUUACAAAUAUGCACAUGAAGUGCUUCCCAGGUGUGAUUCACAUACAGCUGGGGAGUAUAUGUGACUCAUUAAAACCAUGCAAGCAGGGCCAAUGGGUUGGACCUUUUUCAUAUGGUAACAUCCAGAUUAGACUACUGCAAUGCAGUCUAUGUGGGGCUACCCUUGAAGACUGUUCAGAAGAUUCAGAUGGUCCAGAAUGCUGCUGCAAGGAUGCUCAUAGGUACAAGUAGCUUCAUGAUUAUCACAUCCAUCCUGCGGCAGCUUCAUUGUUUACCGGCCCGCUACUGGGCUAGAUUCAAGGUGCUGGUCUUGACCUUUAAAGCUCUACACAGCUUGGGGCCUGGGUACCUGUCGGACCACAUUCACCCAUAUGAACCUGCCAGGGCCAUUUGCUCAUUGUCUCAGGCCCUGCUCAUGGUCCUGCCACUAACAGAGAUCCAUUUGGUGGGGACUAGAGACAGGGCCUUUCAGUUGUGGCCCAUUGGCUUUGGAACGCCCUCCCUGAAGAGCUUCUGCAUACUCCCUCCCUCAGUGUUUUUUUAAAAUAACUAAAAACAUCUUUUUAAAGAGGCUUUUUAAUGCUUCAUCUUUGGUUAUAUCUGGUAGGUUCUUUAGUUUUUAGUUUUUAUAACUCUCAAUUUUUAGGUUUUAAAAUAACUGACUUUUUAGCCUGACUUUUAACUUGUUUACUUAAACUGGUUAAUUUUAUUUGUUUUAUUUACAUUGUACCUAUUAUAUUGUUGUAAGCCACCCCGAGCAGUACUGUACUGGAGGGUCAGGGGAUAAACGUUUUAAAUAAAUAAUAAAUAAAUGAUAGGCACCCCAACUGCACAGAAUUGUACCAGGAGGCACAUCUCCCCUGUGCCUCUGACAGCACUUAGUUCUUUUGUGUUUUUCUGAUGGCCCUGCUCCAAGAACUAGAGGAGUUCAUAAAGCUCUCAUUUGCAGUCACUUAUGAGAGUUUUAUUUGAUUUUAUUUUUAUCCCACUUUCCAGAACAACCCCCCCCCCCCAAGUGGCUUACAGAACAUAUUCAUGGGUGCCUGCAGGACUUUUUCCAGGGGAGGGGCAAAGCCUGCAAUCCUAAACCCACUUACCUGAGAGUAAGCUCCAUUGAAUUCAAUGAGACUGUCUCAAUCUGGCUCCCCCUCCGGGUGCCCAUGGAUGUUUGUAUUUAAUUUAUUUUUAUUUCCCUUUUCUCUUUUAAGUAAACACACAAAACUGCUAAACAUUUGUUAAGUAAGCACACUAAAAACCUAUUCAGCUGCCACCUCCCCAACAAACAAGGCAGAGGGGGAUGAUGAUGGCAGUAAGAAGUCCUCCCUCUGGCUUUUGAUGUUCCCACCCAAAUUCACUCUUGCUGCUUAGUCUGGACCUAAAGAAGCAUUCCAGCAGAUGCUGUUAGCUGGAGGGAGGACUUUUUACUGCAAGCAUCCCCCUCUGCCUUGUUUGGUGGGUAGGUGGCAGCUGAAUAGGUUUUUAGUAAGGUUCUAAUAAGAUCAGCUAUUUAUUGAGGAAUUGCAAGUGCAACUCCAGAAGCAUAUUUUCUCUAGAGAAAGUCGUCACUGGCUUUGCAAGAAUAUAUAAACAAACUCCCACAGAACCAUGGGAACAUAGGAAGCUGCCAUAUACUGAGUCAGACCAUUGGUCCAUCUCGCUCAGUAUUGUCUACACAGACUGGCAGCGGCUUCUCCAAGGUUGCAGGCAGGAAUUUCUCAGCCCUAUCUUGGAGAUGCCAGGGAGGGAACUUGGAACCUAGAUGCUCUUCCCAGAGCGGCUCCAUUCCCUGAGGGGAAUAUCUUAUAGUGCACUCGUUUAGUCUCCCAUUCAUAUGCAACCAGGGUGGACCAUGCUUAGCUAAGGGGACAAGUCAUGCUUGCUACCACAAGACCAGCUUUUCACAAGACCAGGCCACCUCUGUUCGUUUAUGAAACAUGGACCUGUCUGCCCUCGCUAUGCCACUAGGUUAGCUGUUGUCCUUUUACUAAACGUAUUUCUUGAAACAUCUGUCUCAAGAUCAACAAGUCUCCUAAAUACAUGAAAAAUAUUACCCAGUGUGUUGCCUGAUAGUGCUGCUUCAGAUGUCCUUUGAGUUCUUAAAUAAGAACAAAAUGUGUGGUUGCAUAAGACUGCAUUGUUUCUUUGCUCUCGUUUUCCCAUCGCUUUUUAAAAAGCCCUUUGUUUUCAGUAUGCACAGUGCAUCUUUCCUUUCAUUUAUCUCUUAAAGACACUCACCUAACAAAACAGUGAAGCAGCACACUCCACUGUUGCUGGGGCGGAGCAUGCUGCUCCCCAGCCUUUUCCCAGGAGGCCCUGGGGGCAGCUUUACUCUCGGCCAGUCCAAGAGCCAUUCCUGGUGCAGCCAGCUUCAAUAAAGAUGGAGAUGCCUCUGCCUCCUCUUCCGGCCAUACCCAUGUUCUCUCUUGGUGACUACUGUCACCACAACCUUAUUGCACUGGCCCCUAUUGCCCACUGCUAAAAUCUUAUCAGACCCAGGCAUCCAUUGCAGAGACAGGGCAGAGAACAGGCUCCACAGGAUGGGGCAACCAAGUGCUGCUUCUGGGCUGGUGCCCAUUGACCAUCCUGACCAUAAUGCAUCAGUCUUUAUUGCAAGGCCCAGGAGCCAGUGGUGGCUCUCAUUGAUCCUAAGUGUGGCUCCCUGAUUAAUUGUUUAUUAGGCCCGUGUGCAGCCUUGGCCAAAAUUGACUGCUCCGCAAAGCCCCCUGGCAUGGAUCAAAGGCCACUGUUGCCAUUGUGUAGUGAGGAAUUGAGCCCUCUCACACUCCAGCGCCAUCCUGGAAGGUAUGCAUGCUUUUAAAAAAUUAUUAUUUCUUGUUUACACAGUCAGACAGGUGUUAUUGACUGGUUUGUUUUAUCCAGACAUCGAGUCCUUCCCAAGGACCUGGGAUGGCUGAAUUUUAUCAUCAAUACUGUUGGUUAUUAUAGAUAUUGUCGCAGAAUAUAGGCUGUUCCCAGUAAAGUUGCUUUUUGUAAUUGGCUGAUGGUGAUUUCUGUGGCCCCUAUGGUGUUGAGGUGCUCUUCAAGGUCUUUUGGAACUGCACCCAGGGCACCAAUUACCACUGGGAUUAUUUUGGUCUUCAUAAUUAUAUUUAUUCAUUUACAUUUAUAUCCUGCUCUUCCUCCUAGGAGCUCAGAGUGGUGUACAUGGUUAUUUUUAUCCUCACAACUACCCUGUGAGGUAAAUUAGGCUCAGAGAUACAUGACUGACCCAGAGUCACCCAGUGAGUUUCAUGAUUGGAUAGGGAUUCAAACCCAGGUCUUCUUGGUCCUAGUCCAACACUCUAACCACUAUGCUAUGCAUUGAGAAGUGUAGUCCUUCCUAGUGAUUGGAAAAUGCCGGGAAGGACUACACAUCCCAGUGCUCCAUGCACACCUUCCAAGAUGGCGCUGGGGCUUGAGAGAGUUUCAUUUCUCUUAAAGGGUGGCACCAGCAUAGGCAAAGUGCAGCACCAUGUGAAAAGAUCUCACAGUGGACGUUUUCCGCUGAAGUGGUCUCCACUUGAAAAAUAGAGAAGAUCACUGUCGUAGCCCUGCCCAAAAAGAGAAGUGGCAUUAGCUAAGAAAGUGUGAAAAGAACAUAAGGUGCAGGGCAAAAAACACUGUAAGCACAACAAACAUCUCACAAAAUGUAACUGGGCACCUGUACUGCCAACAGAAAUGGAGAAUAGAAUUUAGAUCUGUGAUGGACAGGAGACAUUAGAAAUACUUAGCACAGAGAAAAGAAGAUUAAAGUAGGAACAGUAUUUUCCAAUAUUGAAAAAUAUGUCCACAGAAAGAGAGAAUUGCUCAUGGGGGAGGAAAUGAAAAGACUCAGGUACAUAAAAGGAAAAUGUCCUUUAUUCCUAAUGUGUUUCAAGGAUAGCCCCUUUUCAGGGGAUAUGAACAUUACAAAUAAACCAAGCCACUCAUAAUGGAUCUGAGGGAUGAAGUACAGCCACUUAAAGGAGGGACUCUUACUGAUGAUCAUUUCUGUUGAGCACCUAUUCAGAGAUGAUGACUGAAGCAUAUGGAUUGAAACCACUUAGGUUUAUUCUUUUACAUUUACAUCCCUCAAAAAGUGUUACUCUCAAACUCAUGAAGGAUAAAGGAUAUCAUAUUUCUCUGUCCAGCACUCUUCUCAUUUCUGGAUAUGUUACAGUGGUGUAAUCUUUUGAUGUGACUUGAUCUGCUGUUCUCAAGCUAGAGCUAGCAACAAUAAUUGCACUACAGAGUGAAAGAUUAGGUUAAAUAGUGGGUUCUAAUGGUUAAAACAGUUCUGCAGGAGAAAAAAAUAGCCUGUUGAGUUUCUAGGAUCUUCUUUGAAGGUUUCCAAAGAAGGGCUGGACAAUUAUGCAGGGGACAGUUUUGUGAUUUCUAGGCCACUUCUUUGGCCAAAAAGGACCCUUAAAGCACCAUACCAAAACCAAAAAUGCAAUCAUCCUCAAAAAUCAUUUAUUCAGACCAAAUAGAGAUGAACUUGCACCAAUGUAUCUUGUACCCCUGCUAACUGGGCAAAGAGGCACCUUUUAACAUGGUGAUUCUCUUUAUUUAGCAGGGGGAGAGUAACUGGCCCUAUCCACUCACAGGAUAGUACCUCCAGUGACUGCUGCUGGUGUCUAUCUUGUGUUUCUUUUUCGAUUGUGAGCCCUUUGGGGACAGGUGUCCAUCUAAUUUGUUUGUUAUUUCUCUGUGUAAACCGCCCUGAGCCAUUUUUGGAAGAGCAGUAUAGAAAUCGAAUGAAUGAAUAAAUAAAUAUGAGAAUAUGAGAAAUAUUAAAAACUAGCUGGGCCGGGUGUUGAGUAUCUGUGCCUCUAGUUCUCAGCCCCUCGUUCUCAGCCCUCCCCCAUCAAUGCUUUUUCUUCUGGCCGGACGCCGGGCUAACCACUUUUUCCGGCCGCCCGUAAGCCCCACUUGCCAGCUGUUACAGCCACUUUCUUCACACACCUGCCACUUUCCCCAGCGCCACGUUCUUCACCCCCCACUGCCACUUUCUUCCCCCGCUUUCCCCAACACUGCUUUCUUCAUCCACCCAUCCCACCACCGCCAAUGCUGCCUUCUUGCUUUCCCCAGCACUGCUCUCUCGCCUGUCUGUCUAUUUCUGCCCAUUCGCUCCCGCCCCCCCCCCCAGCAACUCGCUUGCAAACUCUCACGAGAGCUGCCACACAUGGGAUUAGCAACAGAUAUGUUUAAGAUAGAUAGAUAGAUAGAUAGAUAGAUAGAUAGAUAGAUAGAUAGAUAGAUAGAUAGAUAGAUAGAUUCUACUUCCCAGGAAACCUGGUGCAAUAGAUUCUUCAUAGAUACCCUAAAAAUCAGAAUGGAUUAAUUUCUCUGGGGAGGGAAUUCCACAGGUGCUAUCAUCACAUUUUGCCCCUUAACUAUCUAGCACCACUACUAGAUGCACCAAUACUUAUGCUAUUGUAAACUGCCCAGAGAUGAAAGUUUGGGGCGGUAUACAAAUUAGAUAGAUAGAUAGAUAGAUAGAUAGAUAGAUAGAUAGAUAGAUAGAUAGAUAUCUGCUGGUUUGGGGACAAUGAGUUGGAUGAGAUACUCCAUUGGUUCCUACCAAGUAACACACACACUCUCUUUUGCAGCUAGUGGUACCUUGUACUCAAGUACCUUAGAUAUCUGAAGACAUUUCAAGGUAGAAAAUGGGGCAUAGGUAUCCGGAAUGCAACAUUUGUUUGGCUAGCUACAAUGCUGUUCUUAACCCCCUGCAAACAAGGCAAAGAAGCACAUUUUAAAGUGGUGAUGUUCUCCAAUCCCCAGCACAGUGGCCCUCUGGUGGCUGUUGCUAGUGGCUGUCUUGUGUUUCUUCCUAGACUGAGGGUCUUUUGAGGCCAGAGAGCCAUCUCUUCUCAGAGUGUGUAAGCCACUCUGAUAACUCUUUUUUUAAUGGUGUAUAAACAAUAAUGAUGUCGAGAGGCAAGGAAAUGUAUAUUGACACCAGUGGCUCCCAGGUUGGUCUGCUAAGACAUUAGAUGCAUUGAACCUAAAAUGCACACCUGUACAUUCCCCCCCAGUGCAGUCUCAGCCUUUCCCAGAUGACUCAGAACAGCACAGGAGUACCCAAGAGGUACUCAAGAGGGUUUUCUGGAUGCUUUUUUGUCAAACAAUCCUGUGUUUUCUAGUAAACGAGAAAGCAGGAUUAAUCAGGGGACCGUUGCUAUGGAAAUCUUGAACUCUUGGGAGCUGUCUUGUGUCAUCUGAGACUGAAUCCUUUUAAUUAUGCUUGUGUGUUGGCUGCUUUUAUUGCUUUAACCAAGUUGGCAAAGAUAGUAUCGUACAGAGUACAAACUGCUAUUGGAAUGUGUAACUUGCAUGUAAGUGCUAUUGUUUUGGUUAAAAAAAACCUAUUGUAUUCAGUUUUUUUGGCAGCUUGACUGAAGCAUGAGAUUUGCUAAGAGUCUAUGAAACAGGGUAGGUAAAAGCAUACUGGAUUUGGCCUGUGCUUCUUGAAGAAAUGUGCCUGUCAAACUGAUUUUGAGUGCCUAAUCUGUUUAAUUAAUGAGGGGUCAAGCCUGCAUACUGUUAACUCAGCUAUUUGAAUUAUACCCAAUAGUUGUCAAAGGAAGUUGCAGAAUUAGGAAAUUACAGAUUUUCUUUAAAGUUCCUACUGUUAAAAACAUGAAAACAACCUCUUUCCUUUGGAAUACUGACUCCUUACCCUUUUAUUAAAAGGACUCACCACUGGACUUAAAAAAAAAAAAAUCAGAACUCAUUUAUAGAAGCUAGAGCUGCCACUAGACUCAUCUUGGCUACCUUGGACAGCAUUUAACCCUUAUCUAGGGCAGCAUUGAUAGGAAUCGUGCAUGGGUAAACAAUCCUUUGGGGUCUUGGAGCCAUUGCAGACCAGGGUUUACUAAGAGGAUAGAGGUUGUAGGGGGCUUAUAGGUAGAGAAUUAGGGGUGGAAGAAGAUCCAGUUAUCAAGUGGUACAGAAGGGGUCGCCUAGCCUGUAAAGCUUCAAAGUUCACUUUAGGGAAGGAUGAUAUUCUACAGUAUGGCAGGGGGAGGCAACCUUGGCUCUAUAUUACCCUUGGCCCCUAUUACCCUCUCUUGGAUGCUGUGGCGAUACCCUCACAAAGCUCUCUAACUGCCCAGCUGUAUCCUUAUCCAUCAUUACGGAACCCCCUGCUGAGGCUGGACUGUGAUUUAUCUUGGUAUAGGUACCAAAUUGCAACUGGGGAUGAUAGUCAUUGUAGUUCAGCAGCAGCUGGGAAGCCAAGAUUGCCUACCCCUGCUCUGCGGUAUCAAGCUGUUGGCAGCUCAUCCUCAGCUGUUGAUCUCACCCCCCUCUUAACCUUGUUACCUUAGUCCCUUUCCCCCUAUUACCCUCUCUUGGAUGCUGUGGCGAUACCCUCACAAAGCUCUCUAACUGCCCAGCUGUAUCCUUAUCCAUCAUUACGGAACCCCCUGCUGAGGCUGGACUGUGAUUUAUCUUGGUAUAGGUACCAAAUAAGCUGUAGGAAGGAUGAGCCAAAGGUGUGCAAAUUCAGAAGGAAGUAGGUACAGGUUCAGGAUGAAGCAACAGAGUUCAAUUCAGGGCUGACAGGCAGAGUCAAGGAGCCAACGUGAAACAAGGACUGGGUAAUAUGAUAACAUGAGAGUGUCCUCAUGAUACAUAAAUACAUAAAGAAAAAGGGGAUGUUGCGUGGUCGAAUUGGUGUUGACUCCUGGCGACCACAGAGCCAUGUGGGUUUCUUUGAUAGAAUACAGGAGGGGUUUACCAUUGCCAUCUCCUGCACAAUAUGAGAUGAUGCCUUUCAGCAUCUUUCUAUAGCGCUGCUGCCCAAUAUAGGUAUUUCCCACAAUCUGGGAAACAUACCAGUGAGGAUUUGAACCUGCAGCCUUUUGCUCCCUAGUUAAGUUACUUCCCCGCUGCGCCAUUAGAUGACUUACAUACAUACAUACAUACAUACAUACAUACAUACAUACAAACAAACUGCUUCUUACUAAGAUAUUUUGUGACUGGCACAACUGAAGUUUGCUGAAGUUUGGCAGAGUGUAGCAUGGCACAUAGUUUGAUGGAGAAAAUCUUCCAAGUUCCUCCUUCACUAGACUGGAGUUAGAAAUACAAAAUGUGUAGCAAUUAAAAUAUUCAUUCAUUCAUUCAUUCAUUCAUUCAUUCAUUCAUUCAUUCAUUCAUUCCCUUUUCACAACCCAAAGUGACGUACAUAAUAAAAAUUACAAUAAAAACAAAAUAUAAAACCCACAAUGUAUCACAGAGACAACCAAAGAGCAGCAAUUUAUUAAAAGGACAGGAAUGGAAUCAAUUUCAAAAACAGAUAAUUCCAAGCACAAGUCCAGUUAAAAAAUAAUGCCAAGGUAAAAAACAAAGACUAAGGGCUGUCUAUGAUAAAGUAAGUGUGUGUGUGUGUGUGUGUGUGUGUGUGUGUAUUAUGUCAACCAAUCUUGACAAUGUUGAACCAUCUCAUGUAGGACUCCCCAUAAUGAAUUGAUUGUGUUCUGGCUCUGCUGGAACUAAAAGAGUCUUUGCUUCUGCACUGCAGCACAGGGCCACUGUCAAUGCAGAACCCUGUGCGGCCACCCCUCUAGGCCCCACUUCAGACAGCCUUGGCACAACAAAAUUGCACAACCUAGUGCAAGAAGGUAAUAUAGAAGGUUGUAUAGAGGAAGAUGGUAUAAGAUUACUGGUAUAGACUGCAUGGAAUUGCAGGGAUGUUUGCAAUUGUACUCAUGUACAAUAGUUUAGGGAUGUGCAAAUCAUUUCAACAUCAAAAUGUUUAGACUCAAAACAGGCUGUUUGAACUUUAAACAAAACACCCUUUAAAUAAAGGACCUGUUUCGAGCCUGGAACCUCUUCCAAUCUGAAACGUUUUGACAUUUCAUGCACCAUUUUGGAGACUUGUUUUUCCCUUGCUGAUUGGUUUUCUGGAACUGACUUCCAAUUGGCUUGUGAUCCCCUUGCUUCUUGGCUAGCUUGUUAUCAUACAGAGCAACUGUGCCACCAUUGGCAGGAAGGAGGAAGGGGGAACACAAAAGGAGGGAGUUUCAAAAUGUAUUCAAAGGGACUGGCAGAGAGAGCUCUUAUCGUGUACCUCUCUUGAACAGGAUGCAUCAAGAAGGAAUCAAGGAAGGCUUAAUUUUGUGGUUUUCUCAGCACCGAGUAUAACAUGUUGUGAUAUUGCUGCUAUCACUAUCUGGUUUUGUUGGAUCUCAGAUUGACAAAGGCAGAACUUGGGUGUCUGACUUGAACCUUCCUUGAGUUGUGGUUGGUUUUGUUUGUGAGAUAGUGUUGUGGCAAGAAAUUGACAGUGUUCAUCAAAAACCUCUUUUGUGAGGGAGAAUUACCUCCACAAUCCUUAUCUGCAUUCUUCCUGCUGAGUUAAUUGGUGCAUUAGCUUGCUGCUAUCCUCUGUGAAAGGAGGGCGGGGCCGAGGCAGCUCACUCUGAGUGCAAAGUGGCCUUGGCUGGAAAUAUCCUAACAUAGGGAGGGCAUGCAUCUGAUCCCCUUUCCAAUUUGCUUGUUAGUCAAAUCUAGGGACAACUGGCCCACUGUCAACUAAGUAACCUGUCCCCAUGUGCCACCAAACGGAGAGCUCAUGAUACUGUGAGGCUCCUGAGCUUGUAAAGAGUGAGCUCUCCAAGCUUGGAGACUCAAACAUGAGUGUUGGGGGGAGGCUUCUGAGAACCGGCAGAAAAGCAUUGGUAGCAACACACCGCUUGGCCUGAUAAUACUCUGGCUGUGGCAUUUCACACUAGCAAACUAUCUGGAUGAAAGUUGUGAUACAAUUCAAUCUUAUGUUCUAUUUAGUUGCAUCUUACAUGCGUGUUUUAUCAGGUGUCAUCACUAUUUCAUCUUGCAUAUUGCUCUAGCAUGGAUGUCCAAGUAAGCCAAGAAAUAUGUAAAUCUCCCCCCCCCCCGCACUUUGUUGCAAUGAGAUUACAGCAACCAUAAAAUAUGGUUGAGGAUAGUAAUAAUAUAUGUGAGUAUAACUGAAAAGAAAAAGAAAAGAAAAAUUCCUUAAACAUAACAUAAAUAAGAAGAUACAAACAACACAGGAGAAAAAGAAAGCAGGGAGGGAGGGUCACCUUCUUCUAAGGAUAUGUUUCAAAGCAUAUAAAGAAUUCAUUAAAAUUUGACCAAAUGGCUGAAAAUUCAUCUUCUUUACCUUGCUGUCGGGGAAAAAAAACCAAUUCAAGUGCUAACAAGGAACACAAGUUAGUUAUCCAAAGUUGCAGUUCAAGAGUAAAUUUGUCCUUCUGGUGUUGUAUUAUAAUCCUUUUGGCGACCCCACCCCCACCCCAAGCGUGAAGAAUCCACAAUUCUUUAAAUAAUGCUAGAUUCCAUAUGCUGGGGAAGUCCCCCAACAAAACAUGAAUGUCCUUGACAGGAAAUGAUAGUUGCAAUAUCAUGUUAACAAUCUUAUGCAUUUCAAGUUAAAAUGGUGCAAUAACUGAACAGGACCAAACCAUAUGCAUAAGUGUAGCCUUGUACAGAUUACACCUCCAAUAUCUAGAAGUCUGCAGCCUUCUCGGAGGUAUCCAAUAAAAAUUCUCGGAGGUAUCCAGUAAACACAGAAUAAAUGUUUCUGCUGUAUUAGCUACAUUUUGAGAUCCAAAGAGGCAUGUUUCACUGCCUUCAAACAACUAAGAUAAUUGUUCCAAAGAUAUUUGAUAUAAUCGAUAUCAAUCUUAUCAAUGUCUUUAAGCUUCUGAGAGCAAGGUUACAGGGUUAGGUGCAUCCAACAGACGUUCCAGGUCUAAUAAUAGAAAAGGAGUUUCAGAACUGCAAUCACAUCAAGACCAAGGAGCUGUGAUUGUAAUUGCUUUAGUUGAAUAAACUGCCAGUUAGCAUUUAAAGAUAGAUCAAACUCAGCUCUCAAAAUGUCAAAAGAUAUAAAAACAUCUUCAGAAGAGAUAAACUGAUCUAGUGUGAUGACAUUGUGAGAGACCCAGUUAGCCCAAUAAAAAGAUUUAUGAGCAAUUGCCCACAAUGUAAGCUUUUCAAGCUGGAAAGCAUACAAAUCAUAUCUAGAACCCAAAGUUCUCCAUAUAAGUCUUGCAGCUUUAACCUCCAGUAAUGGCCUAGAUCAGCGAACAAAUGAUGAACCAAGCAUCUGCCAAGAUUUCAGUGGAUUUCCAAGCUGUGCCCAAGGCGUGACCAAAACCUGGGAUUCAUUGUUCCACCCUAGGACUAAAAAUAAAAUAAAUGCCCAAUGAUAAGCCUGAAAAUGCCGGUACUUAAAUCCACCUUCUUCAAUAGAUAGUUGAAGUUUACAAAGUGAAAAUUUAGGCAGGUGUCCUUGCCAUAAGAAGUCAAUGAAUAAUUUAUAAAUGUGCUUAAAAUAUGAUAAAGGUAUAAGAAUCGGAAGACUAUAUAUAUAUAUUGAAUUCAUCCUCACAAAUAACUAUCAGUAUCAGCACCACCUACUCCAUGCACACAGCGCUAGCAGCUGUAUGGGUGAGAAGCAUGUAAACGCUAAAAAUUGGGACACCUGAGAGAUGUGGCUAGGAACACAGGAAGCUGCUUUAUAUCAAGUCAGACUCAUGGUCCAUGUAGUUCAGUAUUCUCUACACCAGUGGUUCCUAAGCAUGGGUCCUCCAGCUGUUGCUGAACUACAACUGCCAUCAUUACCAGCUACAAUUUAUUGUGGCUGGGAAUGAUGGGAGUUGUAGUUCAGCAAAAGCUGGAGGAAUCGUAGUUGGGAACCACUGCUCUACAUCAACUGGCAGCAGCAGUUCCCAGGGUUCAGGCAGGAGUCUUUCCCAGCCCUACCAGGAGAUACUGAGACCUUCUGCAUGCGAGCAGUUGCUCUAUCGCUGAUCUAUGGCCCCAUCCCCUAAGGGGAAUAUUUUUACAGCAGACCAUGUUCACAAGGAGUCACCCAUCCAAAUGUAAGCCAGGGCAAACCUUGUUUAGCUAAGGGGACAAUUCAUGCUUGCUGUAGUAAGACUAGCUCUGCACUCCUAUUACCAUGCCGCCCCCCUCUGCAUUCAAGCAACAUACAGUAUUUAUGAAAAAAAGGCUCAGCCAUUUAAUUGUUUAUAAUAAUCAGCUUGUAAAUUAAUGAGCAGAGAUGUAAGCGCUCCUGUGGUAUAUCCAUCUCACAUAGGAUGGUCUGAGACACCCACAUCUGAGACUAUCUGUAACCUUUAUUAGAACGAGACGCGUAGAUGGAGCUGUUACUUGUGGCAGUCGAUACCAUUCCAGACCUUCUAAUAAUGGAGGGAGUUUCGCUCCAGCUCUUGGACAUGUUUAAUAAAAUGGCGCAGUUGUUGCCAGCAGAAGUGACAUUUAUCGAGCUCUCCCUGUUUUCAUUAUGUUAACUUCUCUCUGCUGCAGUUCCAUACUCACACACAAAUGCCACAACCUGCCUUUCUUUGACUGCCAUAUGGCAUUUUAUCUCUUCUGAGGUGGUUGGCAGCUUACAUAACAUUUUUACAGUUUUAUAAAACAUUUAUUUUAAAAAAAAACUUGUGAGACUUUGGACAGUAGUCACCACUAGGGCAAAAGUCAAUGCAUGCACAAAUGGCCAGAGAGAGAGAGAGAGAGAGAGAGAGAGUGUGUUAUAAAACAAGGACAUAUGUACAAGCCAGGCCUGAAGAGAACAUUCCCAAUCUUCCGAUCCAUAUGGGGUUUAGUUUCUUCUUGUCUCUUUUAUCAGGCAUAUUUUGGCCUGAGAUGCAAAAAUGUCUCCUCCUCAUUUAUAAGUAAUGUGUGAUUCAAGCAAUGCAUGUACUAGGUUUCAGCAGAAGCCUCGGAGUAUUCUUAACCAUUUGGGAGUAUACCUCUUCUUCCAUGACCCCACUCCCUUUCAGACCAUAAUAAUCAGCAUAUUUGGGGGCGCUGUGUGCCAAAUUUCAACUUUCUAACCCACUGGCAAAUACCAGAGCCACUUGUGUGACCAUAUUAGCCCUGUACAUAUGCUGCAUGUGUAUACACUGACUGUACAAAUGGGAGGAGAGUGGGAUCAUACCUGUUGUUGUCCUUGGCCUUGUGCCUUUGGCAUAAAUUCGGUACAGAAUCAGUGCAUGUACAAACUCUCUGUGCAUUUGGGAGCCCUGCUAAAAACAAAAUGCCCACCUGUGUGCAUAGCAGGUGUAUACAGGGCUUUUGAGUGGCUGUUUUGAAGGGAAAAAGUAAGACCGUGGUAGCAUUCAAAUUGAAAAUUAGCAGCAGGAGAGCAAGCUAUCAAAAGAUCAUCAUAGUUGGAGGCAGCUCAAUUCUAGAAAGAGGUAGAAUGGAGAGCAUUUUAACUGCCCUUAGUUCAACCCAUGCAAACUUAAUGCAACAAAGUGAAAUUAUGUUUUGCAUUCAUCGGGACGGGAUGGGUGGGUUAUGGGGUUACUUCCAACCUGCUUCCAUGCCCCCUUCCCAGAUGAAAAAAAACUGCUGUGAGCAACCAACCUUUUCAGAGCCUAAUUUUAGCAUUGGGUCUAAUUCUCCGAGCUUCCAGCUCCCUUGUAAAGUCUGUCACAGUCGUGGCCUGUAAAAUCUACAACAUUUCUGGCUUGACGCCUCUUUCCUUCUUUGAAACCAAACGCAAGGGGUUUAUUAAAAAGAACUUCAUGAGGGAAUGCUUUUGAAAGAGAAUAUUGGAAGCUUAGCAAAUUGGAUCUGGCUGCAGAUUUGUAAAGGAGUGCUUUCUUUGUUGGCUCCAAGGUUAUUCAGUUGAUUUAAACUGAAAUUUAAAUCAAUUUUCUUUUCACAAUGUGCUUCAUUUUUUCAUAUUUGCCAACUACUGACACUGAGUUUCUGACUGGUUUGCCAAUAAUAUUUUCCACCUCCUUUUAAUGUUUUUCAACGUGGAAAGUAGCCUAUAUAAUUUAUUCAUUCAGUUUACAGAUUGGGAAUUGAGGCCAAGAGACUGGUGAUUAGCCCAAGCCUAUCCCAUACAUCAGAUUUAAAAAUUACCUUUUACCAAUUAGGUUUGGGCCUAUUUUAACAGAAAACAGUAGCUUCUAAAUACCUCCUACUACAUACAAAUAUGCUAACUUGGCAAAGAGGCACCUUUUACCAUGUUGAUUCUCUUUAUUCAGCAGGGGGAGAGUACAUGGCCCUAUCCAAACCCAGAACUGCAUCCCUCCAGUGACUGUUGCUGGUGUCUAUCUUAUGUUUCUUUUUAGAUUGUGAGCCCUUUGGGGACAGGGAUCCAUCUUAUUUAUGUUAUUUCUCUGUGUAAACCGCCGUGAGCCAUUUUUGGAAGGGUGGUAUAGAAAUUGAAUUAAUAAAUAAUAAUAGUAACAACAACAACAACAACAACAACAACAACAACAUAAGCUUUCUCUAAAAAGCAAAUAUCUUUCCAAUUUACAAUGGUGUUCUGCUCCUAUACUCAGUACAAUACAUUCAUCAAUGUUCUGUAUUUCCCCUUUGUAUUAAUCCUUUUAGCUUUAAGAAGUACUGCACCAUUUUCAAAUAAAUACUUGGCUGUUA